AGACCAUGAAGAAAGCCAUGCGGCCCAUGGACCUCCUGAAGUCUACAUUGGCAGAACGGCAGGCGAAGGCUCAAAAGACCAUCGCUGAGACGGGUCAGAAGUGGAUCAAACGCAGCGAGCUCGAGGCAAAACGUCUUGAGGAGUAUUUUGCCGAAAAGAAGCGCGAGGAGGAGAAAUGGAAGGCUGAUGAAGAAGCCCGGCUACGUCAACUGGAAGAGCAUUUCACCAAGUCUGGACAGAAGGAUCAAGAAAGUAAAAAGGAGAUCCCGGCACAUUUACUUGAUGAAGCUCUGCUGGCAGAUGAUGAUGCUGAGCCUCCACUAGCAGUGGAAGAUAUCAUCUCCCGCUUUCGAGAGAUGGGACAGCCAAUCAUCCUCUUCGGCGAGACGGACAUGCAGAGGUACAAGCGAAUGCGUCAACUCGAAAAGGAGGAUCACGAGGGCAAGAAGAACCCGGAUCUGGUGAUGCUUGAGGCAGUUCAUGCCAACUCCCGCACCAUGUUGGAGGACCAAAAGGGAGAUGAUGAGGACGAUGAAGAUGAAGAUGGAGAGAAGAAGGAGAAGGACAAGAAGGAAGACGACGAUAAGAGUGAAGAGUCCGAGAGUGAAGAGGAAAAAGAUGGCAAAGACAGCGAGAAAGAUAGUGAAAAGGACAGUGAGAAGGACAGCGAAAAGGAAAGUGGAGAGGAUUCAGCUGUCACCGGAGACGAGAAGGAGAAAAAGAAGGAAGGCGAAGAGGCAAAAGACAAGCCAAAGGAAGACCAGGUGGAUCUGCCUGAGGUGGACCUGGGCACUAUGGACCGUUGUGACAUGAUCCGUGCUUGGGUCAGGAAGUCCUUGAAGGGCUGGGAGAAGGAGCUGGCUGAAUUGCCAGAAGAACAGAAAAAGACUGCUGCCACAAAAGCUGCCGUUGCUGCACAUCGUCAGGUGCGGCGUGACGUGCGGCCGCUGCAGAAGCGCCUGCGGAUGUAUCGCAUGGAGGAAUGGCUUCUGGACAAAAUCUAUAACAUUGUGAAGAAGGCAGAUGAUAGGGAGUACCGAGAGGCUGCAGAGGCCUAUUUGGAUCUGACCAUUGGCAAGGCAGCCUGGCCUGUGGGCAUUGGCUGCGGUGGUUCCAUGCUCAUGGAGGAUGCCAUCGGUCUCCACGAUCGCUUCAAUCGCAACAACCAAGUCAAGGACAUUUCGUAUGCACUGAACGAUGAGGUCACUCGGAAGUUCGUCCAGGCGCUGAAGCGAUUGAUGAACUCAGCACAGAAACAUUGGCCACCUCAAGAUCCGUCAAAAUUUGCCAAUUAAUUUGCCGC